GUAAAAAGCGACGAAUUCUGUAUAGCUCUAUCAGGUCUCUAGCAUGUUUACAGGUUUACAGUCAGUUUGUCAAAGGUUAAUUUUCAUAUCUGUCGUUACUGCUCGAUAUAAAGUUCCUGGGAAUCUAAUCGAACGAUUGACGUGUCAAUUGUCGAGUCAUCGAGGCCGUGUUCAACUAUUAUAACCUACGUACUACAGACUAAUGAUCAUGACUGAAUCUUCAUAAUUAAAAAAUAAAGAUUUUGGUAAAAAAUGUUGAAAGCAGUGAUACUAAUCGGUGGCCCAUUAAAAGGAACAAGGUUUCGACCAUUAUCGCUCGAUAUCCCGAAACCACUGUUUCCAGUAGCGGGUCUACCAAUGAUUCAGCAUCAUAUCGAAGCAUGUGCCAGGGUUGCUAAUCUCAGAGAAAUCCUAAUCAUUGGAUCUUAUCCAGCUUCUGACUUACACCAAUUUGUACAAGAGAUGACACAAAUCUAUGGACUCAGUAUUCGAUAUCUACAGGAGUUUACCGCGCUAGGUACAGCAGGAGGAAUGUACCACUUCAGAGAUCAAAUUCGUUCUGGUAGCCCAGAAUCUGUCUUCAUUAUGAACGGAGAUGUAUGUGCCGAUUUCCCAUUGCAAGAGAUGGUCAAAUUUCAUAAAAGCAAACAGUCAUUAAUUACUGUAAUGGCUACAGAAGCCACUCGCCAACAAUCUUUGAAUUAUGGCUGCAUGGUUUUAAAAAAAGGAGGCGAAGUAGAUCAUUAUGUAGAAAAACCCUCUACCUUUGUUUCAACUCUCAUCAACUGUGGAGUGUACAUCACUUCUCCAGAAAUAUUUCAGACUAUGGCUGAUACAUUUUACACUAAUCAACAGAGGGAAAAUCUUCUACACUUGAACGGCAAUGGAAAAGACCCAGCAUACAUGUCCUUGGAACAAGACAUUCUAAUGAGACUGGCUGGAAGUGAUCGAUUUUUUGCUAUUCCUGUAACUAACUGGUGGUCUCAACUGAAAAGUGCUGGAUCAGCGAUAUAUGCAAAUAGACAUUAUCUUGUCCUAUAUCGCCAUAGUCAACCAGCAAGGCUCAGUGUCACAGUACGUGGCAAAUGUCACAUUAUCGGUGAUGUUUAUAUUCAUGCAUCAGCAACUGUUCACCCCACUGCUGUGUUAGGCCCAAAUGUCAGUGUUGGAGCAAAUGCAAUGGUGGGUCCAGGUGUUCGAAUCCGAGAGUCAAUUGUCCUUGCUGAAGCACAGAUUCAGGCUCAUUCUAUCAUCCUACACAGUAUCGUAGGCAGAGGCAGUAGAGUUGGCGAAUGGGCUAGAGUGGAAGGCACUCCAUGUGACCCUAAUCCGGAUAAACCAUUUGCCAAAAUGGAAAAUCCACCGCUGUUUAAUACUAAUGGAAAACUUAAUCCAUCUAUAACCAUACUUGGUACCUGUGUUUCUCUGUCAGCGGAGAAAAUAUUACUGAACUCUAUUGUCUUACCGCACAAAGAUCUGACACGAAGUUUCAAGAACGAAAUUAUCUUAUAAUAAUCCUAAGGAUUCGAAAUUUGUGAGUGUCAAGUGCAACAAUGAUUGGUAAACGUCACAGUAAGCAACGACAUCAAUUUCAAGUAUAAGUCUGAUCACAGACAUUCCAAAAUCGAAGUGUUAUUGAGAUAAUGCUUUUUACUAUCCUCUUUGAUGUACAGAUUCCAGCGUUUACACAACCCUGUGAACUACGCACAAUAUAUUUUUAUUUAUAACAAUUAUAAAUAGAGUAAGUUGUAUAAGAAUAUAUCUAGUUAUGUAUGGAAUAGUAUAUACACAUAUACAUAUUGUACUUGUGAUGUACAACGGAAUGAAGCAUAAUAUUUUGCAAAAUA